AUGACAGUCGAAGAUGUCGUGAAUGUCCACGGCUUCAAAGAGUCAGAAGGCUAUGUGGCCGACAUCGAAGGUGCUUUGCAGACCAACGUCAAGACCGCCAAAGAUGGACACACAGUUCUGAUACCUCAACCCUCUGACUCUCCAUCUGACAGUCUGAAUUGGAGUUGGACGAGGAAACAUCUCAUCUUGAUCAUUAUCAGUCUUGCUUCCUUUCUGCCAGACUAUGGAAGCGCCACAGGUGCUGUGACAUUGCUUCCUCAAGCAGCACAAUGGAAGACAUCUCCAGAUACAGUCAAUCACUCACAAGUCGGCAAUGUGUUCAUGCUUGGAGCUGGAGGUAUUAUUGCUGUGAUCUUGUCCGCCUGGGCAGGUCGCCUGCCAGUACUCUUCUACUUUCUGGUUCUCUCGACGGCCACUGCUGCGUGGUGCGCUGCAGCAACCACUUUCGAGUCUUUUAUGGCAGCCCGUAUUCUGAACGGCUUCUUCAGCACUGUAGCGCAGGGAGGUGGUCUGAUGUUCAUAUUCGACAUGUUCUUCUUCCAUGAAAGAGCUCGAAAGAUUAACAUCUGGGCAGCCUUUAUCAUUUUGUCACCAUACAUGGGCCCCCUACUUACUGCGUUCAUCAUCACUACGCAGAAGUGGCCCAUCGCCUUCUGGGUGUAUUUCACAAUGAAUGCUCUUGUUUUGGUCUUGACUGUACUCUUCGUACGAGAAACAUACUAUAAUCGACAAAUAUCGCCUGCCGACCAGCCUGCAGAAGGUACUCGUCUCGAGCAACUUGUCGGGAUAUCCCAAUUCCGUUCGCGCCACCUUCGCAACACCCUCGGGCAAGCCUGCAUGCGUACCAUCCGUGUAUUCAUCAAACCUACUGUCCUUCUGUCAGUUGUCUACUACUGCCUCACCUUCGCCUGGGUCGUAGGCAUCAACACAACCCUGGCCAUCUUCCUCACCCCCCUCUACAACUUCGGCCCCAAACAAAUCGGCUUUUUUUACUUCACUCCUAUCGUUGCCGCCAUUCUCGGAGAAGUCUGCGGUCACUGGCUCCACGACGGUAUUGCAAAGAGAUAUAUCAAGAAACACAAUGGACACUUUGAACCAGAAGUUCGACUCAGGACAAUCUGGCUAAGUACGCCAAUUAUGAUUGCCGGACUUGUAGGUCUGGGCUUUGCGCUUGAAGAGGGUUAUCAUUACAUGUUGACAUCGUUGUUCUGGGGCUUAUAUGUCUUUGGGAUCAUGAUAAGUACUGUUGCUCUGGUUGCGUAUAAUCUUGACAGUUAUCCUGAAGCUUCUGGGGAGGUCUCGGCGUUGAUCAAUUUUGCUAGGACGACUGGUGGGUUUAUCAUCAGCUAUUUUCAGGUCACUUGGGCACAGUCGACUGGGACCAAAGUCAGCUUUGGCACUCAAGCGGCGAUUUGUGUUGGUGCAUUCUUGAUCAUCAUUGCACUGCAGAUGUAUGGAAAGAGAUUGAGGGCCAAGAGUGGUACAUUAAAUUUCUCGACGGCUUAG